UGCAGAGGGAAGUCUGGAGCCACAGAUUGAAGACAUGAUUAACCGGAUUAAUGAGCUUCAGCAAGCAAAGAAGAAAUCCAGUGAGGAAAUGGUAGAGGCCCAAGCUCUCUGGGAGAGCCUGCACAGGGAACUGGACUCCUAGGCACUGGGGAUCCUCCAGCUGCACUGCCAGAGGAAGGAAGGUGGAGCUCAGAGGUAAGAGGUCCUGCCCAACUCUUCCCUACUUUGUUCCCAACCUGAAGGAGGAUGGGGCAAGAGCUACGGAAUAUAUACCUUGGACACACACUUCUCAUUUUUCCUUUCUGCAGAGUAGCUAGACUUGAGACUCUCUCUCAUCUUUGAUAUCAGAUAAUAGUGUUGAGAUUAACUCACUCAUUUAAACGUUCAUUGCUAGUUUCUUUAUUAAAUAAAUUUCACCCACUGGUGUUAUUCUGAAUCUUCUCUUGGUUACCAGCUCUCCCACCACCCAUUCAAUUGUUUAUCUCUCUGCCCAUUUAGGCCCCCCAGUCAUCCAUUCACCCACCCACCCAUCCAUUCAUCUACACAUCUAUGCAAUCCUUUUGCAGCCAGCCAGCCAGCCAGCCAUUAUGUCUUCCAUCCAAUCACCCAUCCACCCUCACUCCAUCUUUCCAAUCACCCAUUCAUCUAGCUGUUUAUUUCUUCCCCCAACCAUCCAUCCAGCCAUCUAUCCAUCCUUCCAGCAACUCCUCCUUUAUUUCUCUGUCCAGCCACCAUCCCUCCACACUUCAUUUGUCCAGCCAGCUAUCCUCUCUUCCGCCAGUCACCCGCCCAUCCAGUUAUUGUCCAUCCGACCAUCUCUCUAUCCACCUCCAUCCUUUGAACGUUUCCCUUCUUGUGACCAGAUGUCUCACACCCUGGCGGACCACGAUUUUAACAGUGUAGGAAAACCCGGUGAUAAAGUGGAUGUAUGCUUAACCACACCACACGUAUCAGUUUAUGUUCGUUUUUCUGCCUAAUCCCCACAAUGACAAGGACAGGAGUCAAGGGCUACUGUCACCUUCCCACCACUACCACCAUUUUACAUAUGAGGAAACUGAGACCCAGACUGGUCGAGUAGCUUGUCCAGGGUCCCAGUAGAAUAGCAGAUCCAGAAUUCAGGUCAGGACUUUACAAUCUAUUAAGCCAAACUACUGUACCCCUCACGGAAGUUUCUUGGGAAGGCAUGGUUUGAUGAGGGACAGGAUGAACAGGGUGAUCAUCUCAGAGGCCCAUAAUGCUGCCCACUGUGUCACAGAAGAAAGGAGAAUGAUGAAGGUUAUGAACAGACCACCCCACCCCCCACCCUUGCUGAAGGAAAUGGAGGCUUAUUUAGAGACUAUGACUAAGAGCUGUCUUUCUCCUUCCAGGAAGAACGUGUUGCAGGAGUGUACAGAGCAAAUUUCUGUCCAUAACUGUCAGGUUACAGAGAGUUGCAGGCAGAGGAAGCUAGGGGUUCAGGUUGAAGAACAGCUGGAGAAUUUGAUGAGCCAGCACAAGGACCUCUGGGAAUUGCACAUGUUGAAGCAGCGAUUGACCUGGGAGAUACGUGCCCUGCAGAGCAGCAAGGAGCAGCUGCUCACUGAAGAGAAACUGGCCCGGGACAAGUUGCUGGAGGUGGAGCGGAGGCUGCGCUCGCCACCCGAGGUCGGGGGCGCCCGGAUGGUGAACGACGGCCGGCGGAGGUGGAGAUACUCGAGGGGCAGGAGACUGCCCCAAACCGUUGCCCCCCAAAGGACGCGGCCUGCAAAGGAGAGGCCGGCCCCGAGCGCCCCAGCGCCCGCAGCGAGGACCUGGAGCCGCCCCCAGACCCAUAGGACCCGCCCCGCCCCCUCCCCCACGCCCCUCCUUCGAAGGCGACCGGAAAUAAAGGCGCGGAUUUCGGACCGUCCUCCACCUCCAGCUUCAGUCUGUUCUCCAAUUCCUAACUGUUUUACCAACAGGAGCUAAAGGGAACGUGUUAAACACCCAUAUAAGGUCCUGUAUGUCUCCUAGUAAAUCCCAGCCUCCCAACAACCCCUGCAUCCCCCACAGCCGCCACUGACCUCGGGCCCCUUCCCUGCCCCCCUCACCGGGGCAGUUCCAGCCAGCUGCUGCUGCACCCUCUCCAAGUACUUUUUCAUCUCAGGACUUUGCCCUGCUGUGUCCUCAUGUGGGGGGGCCCUUCCCCCAGGUCUCUACAACAGCAAGUCGUUUAAGUAUGUCAGCUCCCUUGGAGGCUGGCGUGGGGGACCCUGUUCCAAAAGGUGUCUUGUUGGGGCGCCUGGGUGGCUCAGUGGGUUGGGCAUCUGACUCUUGGAUUUUGGUUGGGUCAUGAUCCCAGGGUGGUGGGAUCGAGGCCCUGGUGCGACUCUGUUCUGAGUGUGGAUCCUGCUUAAGAUUCUCUCUCUUCCUCUGCCCUCAGCCCCUUCCCCCUUUCAAAAAAAAUAAAAUGAAUUAAAAAAAAUUAAAAUUCAAAAGGUGUCUUGCGCCAGGGUCCUGUCAUUUACCAAACAUGUAUUC